AUGAAGCCGAAAACAUUCUCCAAGAAAAUUCACAAAAAGAACAUAUUGGCCCUGGAUAAACCAUAUUCAGCCAACAGAAUAAGUGAAUUCAACACAAAAAAGUUGAGCCAGUCUACAAGAGUUACCAUCACCUCAAAGGACCUGUGUCAUUCCCUCCACAAGGCCGAGGCUAAAAUACUUAAAGGGCCACAUGAAAACCUGGAAAAUUAUCUUGGAGCAAUUGAGCAACUAAGAAGCAACAUUCAGUUUUUUAGCAACAACAAAAGCUUUAAGAGCAGUGAUGGGGUGGUCAACCAUGCAAAUAACUUACUUGCUAAGGCUAUUUCUAAGCUGGAAGAGGAGUUUAACCAACUCUUAUCAUCUUCCAGCAAACCUGUGGAGCCUGAUCGCCUUUUUGAAUGCCUUCCGAAUUCAAUGCGACCAUCGUCUGGAUCACCUGGAUACCCAGGCGAUUCUAAUGCUAAGAAUCCUUCAUCCAAUAGUCAUUCUGUGCACCAAAAGAACAGCUUGGAAAAUUCUGUUUACACACCACCAACUCUCAUAUCACCAAGGAUUCUGCCGCUGCUGCAUGAUUUAGAACAACAAAUGGUUCAAAGUGGCCACCAGCAGCAAUUACUUAAAAUAUACAGGUGCCCUCCUAAAAUUUUAUUUUAUAGUGAUGGGAUCAUACACAAAGAACUUAAGUCAGAGAAACCUUGUCAGCUUCUCAUAUCUUUAUCUAACCCAUACCAACAAGAAAUGAAGAAAACCACUGGUGCUGCUUCAGUAGGUCUCGUGUUUUCCAUUCUGGUUUGGCAUUCAGGGGCGGCUAAAGCGUCCCAGCAGUCAGAAGUGGCUUGGAAAGCCAAAAUUGUUGAUGUAGUUUGUGGUCCUCCACAAGACAAAAAUGAUUGA